AAAAUACGGCGCAACAAGCUUUAUUUUUUUUUGUUUUUUUGUUUUGAUUUGGUAUAUGCUUCGGUAACGAUGUCGUUGAUGAAAAUUCAACCAAGCAAUGAAUCAUUUUGGCGUUGCUGCUGGCUGCUGGCAUUGUUGCUAUGUGUGGCAGCAACAGCAACAGCGACAUCAACAGCGACGACAACAACGACGACAACAGUCAGCGAAACGCAAACGAGUGCAACUAAUGGUGCAAUUAGACAACAACAGCAGCAGCAGCAGCAGCAGCCAGGGGCAGCCGCUGUGGAUCACAUGCAGGCAACAAAUGCAACUGCUGCCAGCGAAAGCCAAGCGCCAAUCAAAUCAGCUGAAAUUUUGAGCGCCAGCGAUGUGGCUGGCGAUGCGGUGGCUGAGAAGCCAACCACUUAUCGACCCACUGGCGCCAAUCGUCCAUCGAUAUCGCCGCAGCAGUCGGCGCAGCAGCGUGAGCAGAAGCUGAUGAAUGUGUUGGCAGCGCGACGCUCAGCACUGCAACGCGGUGGCUUUCGCACACGCAUAGGCACCACUGGACGUAGCGCCACAUCACCCGCCGCCGCCGCUGCAGCUGCAGUGGAGAGCACCUCGAAGCCGCCCAGCGAUCCGCGCUCGGUUUGCAUACGCAACUGCACCAAGAACUUUACACGUCGCACCACUGCGAGUUGCAUGCGGCAAUGCGCCAACUUUACACGCAUGGGUAUGCCCAGCAGCAGCAACAACUCAGCGGUGCGCGCCAGUGUGCUGAACGGUGAGCGUGAUACCAACGAGAUACUGUUCAGCGAUGAAUCCUCGCAUGGGCUGUUUGUUGUGGCCAAAGAGCAAAACGAUACGCUCAAUCACAUAGCAGAUGGCGCCAAGACUGCAACAGCGAGCAAGCAGCGUGGGCGUGGCAAGCCGCUGGCUACAGUAACGCUAGCCACCACCUCAGUGGAGCAGGCAGACGAUGAGGACGAGCUGCAGCCGUAUCUUUACUUUGGCGCCAAGCUGCCGCCGCUUAAGCCAAACGCCUUGACCAUAACGCCAGCUGAGGGUGAUGAUGAGCACACGCGUGUGCUGGAGGUGUCGGUGGUGCAGCCAGCGCCAAGCAGCACCACAGCGCAGCCAACAGUGCGACCCACUGUGUCCACGCGUCGUCCCUUGAGCGAAGUGGAGCGCAGUCGCAGUCGCUACAAGUAUCAUAUGCGUGAGCGUGGCUUAACACCAACGCCAGCACCGCCAGUGGUGCAGCCCAUAAGCCGAACGCGUUAUUUGGGCUCAGGACGACCCACAGCUGGACUGGGCGAGGAGCGACGCAGGCAGCCAAGCUCGUCUUCAACGCCGCUGAUUAUAACAGUGCUCAGUGCUGAGGAGGAGACAACUAUGCCGCAAGUGGAGAGCAGCACCACAACAACAACAACCAGUACAACAACAACCACAAGCACAACAACUGUAGCGCCUACAACAACCACAACAACAACUACAACAACAACAGCAGCGCCUACAACUACAACCAGCACAACCAGCAGCAGCACCACAACAACAACAACAGCUAAACCCACAACAACAACAAGCAGGACCAGCAAACCCACAGCAAAAACUAUAAUACAAGAAGACACUGAGCGACUGCGCGCUCUGGGACCGUCGCUAACGCAAGAGAUCAACAUUGAAGAUCAAAACAAUUUGAUAAUCUUUUGCAACAGCACUGCUAACUGCGAAAGCGCGCAGAACAAACAGCAAUUGCCACAGUACACCACCGACGCCAGCGCCAGCUCCAAAAUACUACGCACCACUGUGCUGACUUCAGUGCGCAGCACUGUAAAUCCACGCACCACCAGCACAGCACCCACUACUACAAGCAGCAGCAGCCCAAAGCAAUUCAUAGGCAUUGUUGAAACUUCGAGCAGCAGCAGCAGCAGCAGCUCGGUGGUGCCGCUUGACAUUAGCUCCACUGCCAUUGCAGAUGAGCGUGAUGUUAAUCUGGAGCUGCGUCGCAUGAAUUUGGUAGCGCUAGUGCUUGUGGCUGUGGGUAUUGUGCCACUAGCUGCCAUUAUACUCUAUCUGGUGCGCAACUAUGUGGUGCGUCGUCAGGCCAAGCAGGAUGAAGUGUUUGAUGUUUGCAUUGCCGAUCAGCAGCCCAUAAGUCCGGUAAAGAAAGCCGACUCCAAGUAUCAGCUGGAAGAGGAUGAGGAUGAGGUGGAUCAUCAGCAGGCCAUGCCCAUGAGCCAGCAGCAGCAAACACGCGAUGUUAAUCACAAUCGCUACGACGACAAGUGCUCGUUGUCCAGCGAAUUUCACGAGUUUGAACGCAGCAAUAUACGACUGAAGAGUUUGCUGGGCGAGGGCAACUUUGGUCAGGUGUGGAAAGCUGAGGCGGAUGACUUGCGUGGACACUUUGGCGCCACGCGCAUUGUUGCAGUCAAGACUAUCAGAGCCUGCAGUGCGCAGGUUAGCCUCAAGGAUGAGGCCAACAUUAUGCGCAAGCUGGGCUCGCAUCAAAAUGUGGUCACGCUGCUGGGCGCCUGCGUCGAAAGCGAGCCACACAUGCUUAUUAUGGAGUACGCCAUGCGCGGACGUUUGCUAUCGCUGCUGCGUGCUGCUCGCAGCGCCAACAACAUUCUGCCCGCCUCAGUGCCAGGUGGACGCAGCUUGGCGCCAUUAUCGCCACGCACUUUAGCUGGCUUUGCCCUGGACAUAGCCUGCGGCAUGGAGUACAUAGCAGGCCGCAGAGUUGUGCAUCGUGAUCUUGCCGCACGCAAUGUGCUGCUCGAUCACAAUGGCAUGUGCAAGAUCUGCGACUUUGGCAUGUCCAUUGAUUUGGAUGCGGAGCGCUUGCGCAAGGCACAGGAAAAGAAUGCAGCCAAUGAUAUUUUACGCAGCCACAGCGGCCACAAUAGCCACAAGUUCAAGUUUGACUUUGGUGGUCGCUACAUAUUGCAGCAUUGGCAGCAUACCUUUGGCCAGAGCACGACGGGGCAGGGCGGCUGCUCCAAGGAGCAGAACGAGAAGAAGUCGCAUUCACAUGACACCAUUGGCAAGCGACAUGCGCUGCCCAUACGCUGGAUGGCGCCAGAGAGUCUGCAGUAUCACAUGUUCACCACCGAAACGGACAUUUGGGCCUUUGGCAUUGUGCUCUGGGAGAUUGCGACGCUGGGCUCCACGCCCUAUUCGCAUCUGACUGGCCGUGAGGUUAUACGCCGCGUGCCGCAGGGCUUGCGUCCAGAGCUGCCCAAGGAGAGUCGCCAUGAGUUCUAUAAUCUCAUGUCGCGCUGCUGGCAUAAGGAGCCGCAUAUGCGUCCCUCGUUUGCGCAGUCGCGCCUGGAGAUAACACGCUCGCUGCACAAGUGGGUGGACGAUGACUCGGCCGCGUCGGAUUAUAUGGAUGUGAGCGGCUUCAGCGAGGAUCUCGAGCAUGGCGUUGUCUACUUCAAUCACCGCAUUUCGGAGUUUGAGUGUGAAAUAUGACGUUGACUGAAAUCUCACCCACUCACCACAUUCACCACUCACUCACUCAUUUCUCACUUGUGUACCUUUCAUCUCAUGCCAUUGCCCACCUAAGCUAGCCUCACCUCAUUAGUAGCAGCUGUAGACCCAAUUCUAAUUUAAAGCAAUUUGCUUCGCGAGCUCCAUUCGUGCAGUAUUAUGUGUGUUUGUCCCAUUGUCGUUGGCCGCCAGCGCUCUGUAAAUAUUUAAAUGUUGUUUAUGUUUUAUCUUAUAUUUAAACGAUAUAUAUUGGCGCUACUUGUGCUUAGUUGGAUAUUCGUCACUUAGUUCUUCUAGUCUGUAUGUAUCUAAAAUGCAACUACAAGUUGAGCUGUUUUUCGUUAUCGUAGCCAAGUUGACUGCACCGCUACAAUGGCACACAAUUUUUAGUUAUUGCGUUCAAUGACGUUCGAAAUACAAUACAUUAUUAUUAAACGUAUAAUUUGGUAUUUAAAUACGCAUAGAAUUUAAU